AUCUACGCCACAAGACUGUAGAUUGCCGGGGUUCUUAUACAAAGGAACAAAAAGAGUAACAAAGUCCGGGUUACUGUGUCAAAGAUGGGAUAUGCAGAGCCCACAUGAACAAAAUUAUUUUAUGUUUAGUCUUGCGCAAGAGAACUUCUGUAGAAACUUUGACAGAGAAGAACCAUGGUGCUUCACCAAUAAUUCAACCAUUCGUUGGGAACUUUGUGGUGUGGACGUUUGUUUUUCCCCAUGUCUAAACAAAUCGAUUGAUACUCAACAAAUAGCAUCUGAUUGUUUUGCUGCUGAACCAACCGGUAAUGAAUUUUGCAGUCGCUUGUGGAAAAUUGUUGAAUGUAUGAAGACACGUAUUGAAUCUUCUACGAAAAUGCCAUGUUCUGGGAUUGAGUUAAAAUCCAUUGCUCUGCAAAGACAGGACAUUUUAGAAAGAUUAAUGGGAAGGUCUAUCUCUCAGUGUAUUAAAGCUCCGUGUACAGAUUCACGUGUGUCAACUAUUGAAGGACUAGUGAAUUACGGAAACCCUUGCAAUCUACAGUACCCUCUUGAGAAGUCAAACUCAGAAACAUUGUGCCGUAAUUUUCAACGUGUAGCAAAUUGUAUAGUUUCAAAAAUAAACGAUGAAACGAAUUCCACUUGUCUGACAAAGGAUAAAGUAUCAACGGCAAAGAAGUUUACAUCCCUGAUACCUCAAGAUGCUGCUAAUAUUAGUCUUUGUAAGAACAGUUUAUUUACAAUUUUAUAUUUUCAUGUUUUCUCGUUGGAGAAUUGA